AUGUUAUUUUGCGGCGAUAGCUCAAGCCAAGUGCAAACUGCUGGAUUUGGUCUGACGGUACGCGACGUGUCAAGUGCGCGUGACACCGCGUCGUACUCACGGUCUUCAACAAAUGAAGCCAUGCUUUGCGACGUCGCACUCAAGACACCUGUUGGUAUUAGUUUUCCUCCAGACCGAACGGGCCGCCGCAACCUCGCCAUUCGACUCCCGUCAUCCUGGCCCGGUGUUUCUCCACUCCAGCUUCGGUCCCGUGAAGAAGUCACAAGACCUACAACUGCAUCCUUUUCACCUUCGGAAGAAUACUUUACUACUGAUGCCGUAUGA